AUGGCCCCGAACCGUAAGUACGCCAACUACCCCGGCGCCCGUGAGGCGCCGACCCAGGUCAAAUCGGAUACGCCAAAAGAGGACCAGAACCCCGUCCUCCGCGGCUGGCCUCUCGUUGCGGGCUCGACAGUACCUUCACCUGCUGACGAUGAGCACAGGCUUGCAAACUCCGGCGCCGUCCAGCGCUACUUCUGGCGCAACGCCAAGUUCGGCUCCAUCAGAGACCUCCCUGGCCUCGUCGACUACAGAUACCGCUUCCAGCCCGACGUCCUCGUCCUCUCCGAAUCGGGAACCCACCCGGACCCCCUCCCCCUGACCGCCGAACUCACCACCCCGGCACCCCAGGACCAGCCCUCCCGCUACCUCUCCAGCGCCGACUAUCACGCCCUCUACGCCUCCGGCGCCGCGACCCCGCUCGACGUGGUCCAGUCCCUGCUCCCCCUCGUCCGCCGCGCCGAGGGCCACCCCCCUCCGGAGACGGGGCCCUACGCCAACGCCUGGGUCGCCUCCCACGGUCGUGAAGACAUUGCCCUCGACGCGGCCCGCGCCUCCACGGAGCGCUGGCGCCGCGGCGAGCCGCUGGGCCCGCUCGACGGCGUGCCCAUCGGGGUCAAGGACGACAUCAACGUCAAGGGCUACGUCAGCCACAACGGCAUGCAGUACCGCCCCGACCUGCCGUGGUUCAAGCCGGCCGAGGAGACGCUGUGGCCUGUCCAGCAGCUCGAGGCCGCUGGCGCCAUCGUCUUGGCGAAGAACGCCAUGCACGAGUUGGGCGGUGACACCAACGGCUGCAACCCCCGGUGGGGAACCCCCACGAACUGGCACAACAAGUCCUACUACCCGGGCGGCUCGUCCUCCGGCGCCGGCUCCGCGCUCGGCGCGGGCAUCGUGCCCAUCGCCAUCGGCACCGACGCCGGCGGCUCCAUCCGCAUCCCCGCCUCCUUCAACUCCUCGUACGGCCUCAAGCCCUCCCACCACCGCGCCUGCGCCAUGAACUCGUCCGUCUGCGUCGUCGGGCCCCUCGCCGCCACCGUCGCCGACCUCACCAUCGCCUACCGCAUCAUGUCGCGCCCGAACCCGGACGACCCCAUCCAGGGGCUCUACACGCCCUCCAUCCCCCCCUCCAUGUCGCCCGCCGCCGCCGCCGGCUCCCACAGGAAGACCAUCGCCAUCGACGAGGCCUGGUGGUCCCGCGCCGACCCCUCCGUCGACGCCGUGUGCCGCCGCGCCGUCGCUCACUUCACGUCCCAGGGCUACGCCAUCGUGCCCAUCCGCAUCCCCUACCUCCGCGAGAUCCAGCUCAUGCACUCGGCCGUCUGCGUCACCGAGAUGCAGGACCUCGCCCGCCACCGCCACCCGGACCCGGAGCAGUGGCAGUCCAUCAUCAACCACGCCAACAAGAUCACCAUGUCCGUCGGCACCCAGACCCCCGCCGGCGACUACAUGAAGUACGCCCAGCUGCGCGACCUGCUGAUGAAGCACCUGGCCUUCCUCUUCGAGGAGAACCCGGGCAUGCUCAUCGUCACCCCGACGACCCCGCUGCCGGGCUGGCCGCGGAACCCCGCCGACGACGCCUACGGCGUCUCCGACACCAACGUCUCCAUCGCCAACAUGAGCUACGUCUACGUCGCCAACGUCAGCGGGUGCCCCGCCGUCACGGCGCCCGUCGGCUACGUCGACCCCGUCCAGGGCGAGGGCAAGAUCCCCGUCGGCCUGAUGGCCAUGGCCGAGUGGGGCUGCGAGGAGCAGCUUCUCGACUGGGCCAAGGAGGCCGAGACGUACCUGCUCCAGGAGGGCCGGCAGAGGCCCGAGGGGUGGGUGGACGUCAUCGAGGUGACCAAGAACGGCGGGCUCGAGGCCAAGAAGAACAUUUGA